AAGGCUAAGUAAGAAAUGAGGCAAACAAAGAACAGCCUCUUUUACCUAGUCAAAGUGGAAGACGCUGCAAUGGAGAGCACUAUCAAACAAUAAUGGCUUAAACAAAACAUUUGUCCAAAGAAAAAUGGUGGAUUUUUUUUUUCAUAUUGUGUCUCAUGAUCUAUAAAAAGGGAAGAAAGAUGCAAGGGAGAGAGGGAGGGAAAAAGGAAAGAAAGGAGGAGGAGGGUGAAGGAAAGGGAGGAAGAGAAGGAAGGAGGAAGAGAGGGAGGGAAGGAGAGAGAGGAAGAAGAAAGGGAGAGAAGCAGCAAAGAAGGGAGGGAAGGUGAGGGAAAGGAAUAAAGGAGAAAGGAAUUAAGGGACGGAGGGAAGAAGGAAGAGAGAUAGGAAGAAAUUAAGAAAGGGAGCGAGGGAAAAGAGGAUGGAUGGGAAGGAAGGGAAAGGGAGGGGGGAGGGGAAUUACAGAAACAUUUGUCGUUGUAAAGAGACACGUAGUCCCACCGCCUUAUUUGGCCAGGAAACUGCUCAUCGAGGUUAAUGCGCAGCCGGCCCUGUACUGAGUUGGACUGCCUCGGGCCGAGCUUUUUUUGCUGCCUGGAGAGGAAGAAGGCAACCGAGACGCCAUUGACAUUACGUUGUGAACAAAACACAAGAGGGAUCGGCGACGUGGAGGACUUGAAUUUCUCAGUCUGGAAUGAAGCAGAACAAGUGAAAGUAUAAAAGGGAGGAGAUAGAGAAUGGAGAAGAGAAGAUGAGACAGCCAUAGAUACUGGGAGCGAGGAAGACGAGAAACCAGGAAAAAAAAAAUUAGGGAGAACAGGCCUAGGCGGAGGACGCGAAGCCCCUCCUUCUCCUCCUCCUCCUCCCUCUCUGCUUUCCCCGCCCCUGAAGAGCCGUAGGAGUUGGUGACGAUCGAGUUACUUCCUCCCGAGGCGAUUGAGCUCGGAGCCAGCGAACCGGGGGCAGGGCUGCCAUUUCAGGUCCAACCGAGAGCGGAACGGGUCUCUUCGUUUCUAGUGCUGACCAACCUUCCCCCGCCCCCGCCGCCUCCUCUCCUCCUCAUCCUCUUUGGGGCUUGGUUUUUCCCCAUUCCUAAUCCUGCUGCGUGGUGACCCUUGAGCUUGCCGGGAACUCCCCACUUUUGUGAGGCAGGGGCGCCCUGGGCUUUGUGGACCUCGGCCUGUGCUGGAACUUCUUGAGCCCGCCUUCCAGAUGAAUGACUUUGGAAUCAAGAACAUGGACCAAGUAGCCCCUGUGUCUAAUUAUUACAGAGGAACACUUAAGCGUCAACCAGCUUUUGAUACCUUUGAAUGUACAGAUUCACUGUUUGAAGGAUUUUUCCCUGCACUAAAUGAAGAGCAGACACUUCAAGAAGUACCAACUGGCUUGGAUUCGUUGUCUAAUGAGUCUGCCAGUUGUGAAUUACCCCUGCUUACUCCAUGUAGUAAGGCUGUUAUGAGUCAAGCUUUAAAAGCCACUUUUAGUGGUUUCACAAAGGAACAAUGUCGUCUUGGUAUUCCUAACAAUCCUUGGCUCUGGACAGAGGAGCAGGUAUGCCAGUGGCUUUUUUGGGCUACCAAUGAAUUCAGUCUGAUGGAUGUAAACUUCCAAAAAUUUAUCAUGAAUGGUCAAGUCUUAUGCAAUCUUGGCAAGGAACGAUUUCUGGAACUAGCACCUGACUUCGUCGGUGACAUUCUUUGGGAGCACCUGGAGCAGAUGAUUAAAGAGAAUCAAGAAAAAACAGAUGAUCUAUAUGCAGAAAACUCCCAUCUCACUUCAAUGCCUCACUGGAUCAAUAGCAAUUCACUAGGAGGCAACAUGGAUCAGCUGUCAUAUGGAAUGCAGACCCAAAGUUGUACCAAAACAACUCUCCUGGAUAGUUUGUGUCAGUCAUCUACAGGACCUAAUAUUCUUAGUUCUGAACAGGACUUUCAAUUGUAUUCCAAAUCCCGACUUGACACAAUAAGUGUGAAUUAUUGCUCAGUGAAUCCAGACUUCCCAGGAAACAAUUUGAAUUUGCUCAUCAGUAAUCCUGGUAAGCCAGGAAAACAUGAUUCUGUUGAGAAUGGCAAAGACAGUUUUGAAAGUUCUGAUUCUCUGCUACAGUCAUGGAAUAGCCAGUCUUCUUUAUUGGAUGUGCAGCGUGUGCCUUCAUUUGAAAGCUUUGAAGAUGACUGCAAUCAGUCCUUAUGCUUGAAUAAACCUACCAUGUCUUUCAAGGAUUACAUUCAAGAAAGAAGUGAUCCAGUAGAACAAGGCAAACCAGUUAUACCAGCUGCCAUUCUUGCUGGCUUUACAGGCAAUGGACCUAUUCAGCUAUGGCAGUUUCUUUUAGAAUUGUUAACAGACAAAUCUUGUCAGUCAUUUAUUAGUUGGACCGGAGAUGGAUGGGAGUUUAAACUUGCUGAUCCAGAUGAAGUAGCCCGACGGUGGGGGAGAAGGAAAAACAAGCCCAAAAUGAACUAUGAAAAGCUGAGCCGGGGCCUCCGCUAUUAUUACGACAAGAAUAUCAUUCACAAGACAUCUGGCAAACGUUACGUGUACCGCUUUGUAUGUGACCUCCAGAAUCUCCUUGGAUAUACGGCAGAAGAACUUCACACCAUGCUAGGAGUGCAGCCGGAUACAGAAGACUGAGUACUGUGUGGGUCUGUAUCCCAAGUGGCCGUGGCCAAGCUCCACAUAUACUGUGAAUGGGAUGCCACUGCGGACAACCCAUACUGACUGCUCCCAGAGGGGCAAGUGCUGCAAAAGAAGGACCUUAAAAAGGGAGACAUUUUGUAAGCCCUGGAAAAAUAUCAAAGGAAGCAGUGGGCUUGUUUCAUCCAAAACCAUGGCUCUGAGAAACCUCCCUGAGAAACACAGAAGUCAACAAAGCUUCUUACUUCUAACACCCAGUGACAAAAUGUUAUUUAUGUUUCUCUUUAACUCCUGAAAGAUAGGAUGGGAAUGUUCUGCUCUCUUGGAUGAAAGCAGUGCACAUAAGAAUUUUAUUUUUAACAAAGAUGUGCUGGGAAGCCACAAGCACUUUUUGGUUUUGCCUUGUAGAACCAAGUGCAGCAAAUGCAAAAGCAUUUCCUUCAAGGAGGAGGAAAAAUAAUGCCAUUUCAGGUGAUAGUAUUUGUAUGCUGUUGUAAUCUUAUGGCUCUUCCUGAAAAUCUCCAUCAGUGCUAUUUUUAACAGAAAUUAUAUAUUGUAAUUUAAGCUAAUUAUUAAGUGUGCUUGAAAUAAGCAACCAGGAAGGGACAAAGAACUACCAAUGUUUAAUUGUUAAUAGUACCUACAACAUUAGAAAAAUAUUUAAUCUGCUAAGGGACAGGCGGAGAAAAUUUGUGAAAUGUGUAUUAAACAUAAUAUAUUCCUACAUGGGAAAAGGUAUAGAAGGUUAUUAUUAUUUGCCAUGGCUGCAAAUACUUUGUAUAUUUGGGCAUUUUUACAAAAUAAUAUUGUAAUGGGGCAUAACUGACCUUUUUGUGGUUUCUAUUCUGAUGUUGAAGUUACUAGCUAAGAAGCAGUAUCUUUCCUGAUAAAUGCUGUUUUCCACUUCUGUGCAUGUUUUUCAGUAAGUUUAUAUUCAAGACUUAUUUUGGUUUAAUUGUAUUUAUCCCAUCCUCCUUGCUUCAAACAUGUCCUCUCCUAUGUGGUUCCCUGUCCCCAAUUAAUGUUGUUUGAUUAAAAUAGGAACUCUAUUUUUGGAAAUAUGCAACUCCUUUUCAGAGAUCAGGAGGGAUUUAUGUAGCAGCUAUUUUUACUGCAAAAAAAAAAAUCACUGGAAAAUAUAAUUUGUAAGAAAGUUUUAUUUUUAUCUUAGCUUCAUGUAAAGUUAAAUGUAUUAUAUUAUACAGAGCAAGACGUUCCUGAAAAUCAAGUCUUUAUUAAAACCUCUUAAAAUAUAAAGUAAAGUAUGGCAUGUCAAAUUUUUGUUCCUCAAGAUAGCUCAAGAUUCUUUCUACCAUCAAAUGUAUUUCUGCUUAGUGUUCACAGUAAACAUCCUUUCUUGUGAAGACCUAGAAACUGUCGAAAAUCAGCUGUUAAGGAGAGAAUAUUGGCAGUUGCUGAAAUAAAAAUUUGUCUUUUGAUCUCAGGUGGAGAUCUUUGGCUUCAAAAGAGCAGUUUAUGGUAAUAUUAAAGUACUGUUUUCAUAAAAAUUA